AUGGCUCGGAGAAAUAAACCGUAUUGGGAGGAAGAUGGAGACGAUGCUGACUACACAGCAGAAGGAGGGGGUGAAGUAGAGGGAGGAGGAGAUUCUGAGGCAUCUUUUGAGCGAGAGGUGGCUGAGGCAGAAGCUCGGGUCAAAAAGGAUGAUGAAGCGAGGGAAGAAGAAGUGAGGGCUAAGCAGGAAGAAGAAGAAGCGCGGGCUAAGCAGGAAGAAGAAGCGCGGGCUAAGCAGGAGGGAGAAGCAAGGGCUAAGCAGGAAGAGUCUGAUGAAUAUGAAAAUUAUGGAGAUACGUCAUUACAUCGAACUCGUCAUCGUAAGAAGGUGAAUUAUAAUGAAGAUGCACUAUUGGCUGAAUUAGAUGAAGAGAUAGAUGAGGAAGAGGACGAGAUUGAUGGUCCUAAGAGGAAGAGGAGACGUAGGGGACACAGUGUGAAGGAAGGGGCUACAGGGGUCACCACCGGGGAAGCCACUGGAGAAGUUACCGAAGCUUCCGACCCCAGCAACUCCAAAGAACCUUCUGAUGACGAUUAUGAAGAUGCAGGAGCAGAAGCAGACAACGACAAUGAUACCGAUUUUGUUCUAGAAGAUGAUAUUGAUGAGGAUGACGAAUUUGGAAAAAGGAGACACCGUCAAAGAAGCCGAAGACCACAAUUUGUUGUAAAAGACAACGAUGAGAUGGACGAAGAUGGCGAAUUUUACCCUGGUGAGAAUACAGGUGAUUCGUCACGCUAUUUAAGACAUGGACGGGGUAAACGACUCCACAGGAAACACGACGAGGAGCACGUGGAGCACGACGUGAAGCCACAUGAUACUGAUGGGACUCCAGAUAAAACUGAUGUAACUGUAGAGGGCCCAAUGAGCCUUCAGGACGAAUUGCGUGCGUUGAAGGAAGAUACGGCACCCAAUACACCCGAACCGGAAGAGGGUCAAGAGACCUCUGGUUCGCACUCUGGUACUCCUGUCCAUCGUAAUCUCCGGCGAAGAAAGCAGAUUAACUACCGUCUUCCUCCUCCAGUACUCACGGAUGCUCAAAUCGAGCAGAUGAAUGCUGCUUCUAGCGCGUCGUCUCCACGUCGUCGUGCUGGACGCUACGGGGGAUCCUCAGGAGGACCUACAAGGGGUCCGGGCGCUGGCUCGUACAUUUCACAACAGAUUAGACGUCUCUUCCCUACUGUAGGACCAUUUGGAGGUAGUGAAGUAUACUCGUUAUAUGCUGAACCGGGUGGAAAGGGAGUCGGUUCUGACAACUUGACGGCUCUUGGAAACGUUUCUUCGAGUGAUUCUGAUGAUGACAACGAUUUAUAUAAACCGGUGGAUCCAAAUGAUGCGUCUAAAACAGUCGCCACGGUCGCUGGAGUCCCUGGAGCCGCUGGAUCCGCUGGAUCCGCUGGAGCACCUCGAAAACGGAACACUCUAGCAGACACAGAUCCUCUUGGAAUCGACACGGAAAUCGAUUUCUCGGCCGUUGGUGGAUUGGAUAAUUACAUUUCACAGCUCAAAGAGAUGAUCACAUUGCCAUUACUUUAUCCAGAGAUCUACAUGAGAUUUCACAUCACGCCUCCCCGUGGUGUGCUUUUCCACGGACCUCCAGGAACAGGUAAAACACUUAUGGCUCGUGCAUUGGCAGCAUCGUGCUCAUCACAAGGACAAAAGAUCACAUUUUUCAUGAGGAAAGGCGCCGAUUGCCUUUCCAAAUGGGUUGGUGAAGCUGAACGUCAUCUCAGACUUCUUUUUGAAGAAGCCAAACAGAAGCAGCCGAGUAUCAUUUUCUUUGAUGAAAUUGAUGGCCUUGCACCCGUUAGAUCCUCAAAGCAGGAGCAGAUUUAUGCGUCGAUCGUCUCCACGUUACUUGCUCUCAUGGAUGGAAUGGACAAUAGAGGACAAGUGAUUGUCAUUGGAGCAACGAAUCGUCCUGAUGCCGUUGAUCCUGCGUUGAGAAGACCUGGAAGAUUUGAUAGAGAGUUCUAUUUCCCGUUGCCGGACGAGUCAGCACGAGAUGAAAUUCUUAAGAUUCAUAUGAGGAAAUGGGAUGAGAAACCGUCUGACUUGUUCACUAAGCAGCUCGCCAGACUCACAAAGGGAUAUGGGGGUGCUGAUUUACGGGCCCUUUGUACGGAAAGCGCUCUCAAUGCCAUUCAAAGAGCGUAUCCGCAGAUAUAUGAGUCAUCUGACAAGCUCAAGAUCAAUGUGAACAAAGUAAAUACCAUUCCAAGCGACUUUACUAGGGCUUUACAUAAAAUUAUUCCUUCCAGUGCCCGUUUUGUCGGUGCCAGUGGAAUAGGUCCACUUCCAGCCAAGGUAAAACCGUUGUUGGAGGCUCAAGUGACCGAGAUCUCUACUGUAGUGGCCUCUACUAUACCGCAGACAAAGGAAAUGUCACUUUUGGAGGAAUCACGGUACGUUGAUUUGUCAUCUAUGAGACCCGAUGGAGGAUUUGAACAGCAGCAGCUUGUACGGAAACUUGACAGUGGCCGAGUGUUCAAUCCCCGGUUCGUUCUUUGCGGAUAUCAUGGCCAGGGACAAAGGUACGUGUGUUCUGCAUUGUUACAUAGUUUAGAGGGUUUCAAUGUGCAAACUUUGGAGUUUGCCAAACUGUAUAGUGAUGGUUCGAUUUCUCCUGAAACUGCUGUGAUACAGAUUUUUCAGGAAUUACAGAGACAUCCUCCAGGGGUUCUCUUUAUACCUGAUUUACUUGAAUUUGUUGACAAUAUCUCGGCCAGCGUGCGUGCAACUAUCGUUGAUUUAGUUCGGUCGCUUCCAGCCUCCGAAAGGGUACUUAUCUUUGGAAUUAUUGAUGACAAGAAGCGUCUAAAAGAAUCUCAGGAUGGGUACAGUAAGGAAUUGAGAAGCGUGUUUGGAAUAGAGUCUGAUCACAUGGUGGAAUUGAGAGAUCCCACGGAGGAGGAGCGUCGUAGGUAUUUUGAGGAUGUUUGGAAAGCUUUGAGGAUGACACCAUACGAUUAUAACGAUGUAGCAGUGAGACCGAAGAGAAAAUUGAAGAAGUUGAAAGUAUUGAGACCUCAGAAGAAUCCAGAAGAAGAAGACGGUGAAUUGUCUGCUAAAACGAGCGCCAAAAAGGCACGAGAGCAGAUGAAGCACGAUCUGAAACUUAAGAAUUCGUUAAAAGUCAAGCUUGCUGGAAUGAUGGAUGCAUUUAAAGUGAGAUACAAACGAUUCCGGAAACCCGUAGUAGACGAUGCUUAUUUGAUCCAUCUAUUCGAGGACUUUCCAGAUCCCAAUGCAAUGUAUCAGAAGGAAGCAAAUAUGAUCAAGGAAAUCUCCACUGGAAAGAAGUUCUACAAUAUGGAUUUGGAGGUAAUUGAGGAGAGGCUUUGGAAUGGAUUCUACAGCGAACCGAAGCAGUUUUUGAGAGAUAUCGAGAUGAUUGUAAAGGAUGCAAGAGAGACUGGCGAAAAGGAGAGAAUUUGGAAAGCCAGCGAGAUGUAUGCCAAUGCCGAGGUUAGUGUUGAAGAUAUGGAAGCAAUUCAGCCCAAGCUUUCUCGAGAGUGGAAGGAAUUAAGGGAUCGUGAGCGUAGAGGUGAGAAAGAGAGGAAGGAGAAGGAGAAGGAGGAGAAAGAGAGGAAAGAGAAGGAGGAAGAGGAAAAGAAAGAUGAAAAGGAAGAAGAGGAGGAAGAGAAGGAGGAAGAAGAGAAGGAAGAGGAAGAGAAAGCAGAACUUCAUAAUGAUUCAAGUUCCAUCGUAGCUUCAAUGGUGAGCUCGUCAAAAUUACAGGCACAAGCACAGAUACAAAUUAGGCCUAAUGGAGAUAUGAAUAAAAGUGUGAGCACUUUGGAGGCUCCAAAACCGAUUCAAUUAGUUGAAACUGAUGCGAAAAAGGAACUAGAAGCAGAGAUAAAAGACAUUGAAGAAGAGACCAGACUUAGUGAAAUCUCAAAGAAUGAAGAUUUGGAGAUUUCAGACUCUUCUGAAUCGGAGGUGGAGCUUCCUACAGAGCCAGAAAUGGUUAUCGAUGAGCAGAAAUUGCAGGAGUUAGAGCAAAGAGUGAUAGAAAAAACGGCAAACGAAACAAUCGACGGUCUUGAGAAACUCAGCAGCGGACUGAUGGGAGUGGUGUGGAACCACCGACUCGAAAAGGACAAAACUAGGGCCCUUGAAGAGAUGUCAAAGAUAGUGGAUUGA